UUAAAGUAGAGUCCAACUAAUAAAAGGCAGCCAAUUUGGGCUUGAAACUUGAAAUUAAGGUCUCCUCCGAUCAGAACAUCCAACAGACACUAUCCUCGUACCAUUCUUGGCCUUCCCUGUUCCAAAACACACACUAAUUGCUUCCCUUAUGAAAGUAAUGAUCGCCGGUGACAACCAUAAUUGCGCGCAACUCAUUAAAGCUCAACCUCACCUAUCUCAUCAUUACCAUUCAUCAUCAUCAUCCUCAUCCUCAUCCUCCGAGGCUUUUAUCAUACCUAUUCCCCCUCACACUCCACACACCAUAGAUAUGCUUCAAGACCACACCAACUUCCAUUUCUCACCCAUUGCUUCUCAUCAUUUGGACUCGCUAUGGGACUCAAUUCAGCGGAACAAUGAAGGUUCUUCUCAGGAACCAUGGCCUAAAAGCCAUGACUUUUGUUGGGACAAAACUUACGACGUGAUGGAGAUGUUAGAGAAGAUGAAUCAUAACGAAAGGAACAGUUCCAAAUUCCGUCCUCGUUCUGAGAUCCAAAGGUUGGAGACCUCAAAGGUUGGAGUCUGCUCUCUCCUUCAGGAACAAAUUCGAGCUAUGCAUUUGUCUCGGGUGAUGCAAGAGCAGAUUCUGUCUCAGAAGCAGAAACUAACAGCAUAUAGAGGGAAAAAUCUAUCACAGCAAUUGCAGAAGAAAGGUAAAGGGGUUGAUGUUGGGUGUGAUAACAGGAGGACUCGUCCACCAUGGCACGCUCAUUCACACCAGCAAGCUGGUUCAAGAGGCACUUCUUGUGGGACUGGUGUUUUCUUGCCACGUGGCGAAACAAGUGGCCCAUCCGAGUCAAGUAAGAGAUCUGGUAAAGGUUGCUCCAAGGUUCUUAUACCCGCUAGAGUAGUACAGGCUUUGCAGCUCCACUUUGAGCAAAUGGCUGUCACCUCCGGACCCAAAGUUGGUGGCUUCCCUCCCUUACAUGAUGUUUUAGUGAGUAACAGGGAUGGCAUGUAUUCACUACAAAAGCGCGAAUCACGGAACAAACUAGCACAUAUCCAGAAUGAGAUGAAUCUGCCACGAGAGUGGACCUAUUGAAGUCAACUGUGGAGAGACGUGCAUUUUCAAUUUUAACUCAUUCAUGAUAUAUAGUAAUGCUGUCUUGGCAGUUUCUGUCACGAAAGAAAGAAAGGUUCAAUCAAGAGGAAUAAAGAAAAUGAACCCCUAGUUUUCAUACUUCAGGCUGGAUCAAUGUAUGGGGAAUUCUUUUACAUAGAUUGUAUGAUGACUCGAUAAUGUUAUAUUAUGGAUUACAAAUAUAAUUUUGUUUUGGGCUUCUUUUCUCCCUUAAUUUGGGGAUAAGUGUAAUACUCUACUAUAUAGUUCUCAGUCAUCGGGGUUCAUACAGGAAAAAGCAAUAA